AGGUGGAUUGUGAUCAUUGCGUGUAUGAGUAAAGUUCAUGGAUAUCAUCUAUUUCAUUUUCUUAUUUUGCUUUAAAAUUUGAUUUAGCAAAUAAGUACCGUAAUAACUUUAAAUUGCUGUAGAGUACGAUUUAUGAAAUGUUGAAAGUUCUGUUUGUGCUAAAGUAACUACGACUGCAAAAUAACACUAAUGAAUUAGUAAAUCAGUGGGAAUUUCGCUUAGGUGAUCGAAGAGUUCAAAGUUCAACACACUUUUUUGCUGAAAUCAUAAUCUGCAUCUUUAUAGAAGGUCCGGCGUGUGACAGGAAAAUGCAGUAUGCAACGUUGGUCGCUUUCUUGGUUGGACUAUGGACGACGGCCGGCGGGCAGCAGCGAUCGACUUAUCGCAUUCUGGGACUGUUUCCGCACCCAGGUCUUAGCCACUUCAAGGUGUUCCAACCAAUUAUGAGAGAACUGGCCCAAGCUGGUCACCAGGUGUCAGUUGCCAGCUAUUUUCCUAAUUUAGAUGAUCCGCAUCCUAACUACACGGAUUACACUUUUGAAGGACAAAAGAUUUUAACAAAUUCGUUUAGCUUAGAGCAAUUUUCUCAACGAAGCUUCUGGGACAACUUUGUGGAGUUUUACGAGUUGGCCGAAUGGGGACAUCAGUCGUGCAGUGCUGCUCUACAGUCGGCCGCACUCGAUGCAAUAUUGGAGCGUCACCGCCGCGAACCGUUCGAUUUGAUUGUGACGGAGUACUUUUCCACGGACUGCAUGCUUGGGCUUAGUCACGUGCUGCGACCUACGGGUGGGGGAGUUCCAAUUGUGGGCCUCAGUAGCUGUGCUCUAAUGCCGUGGCACUACGAACGAGUUGGUUUGCCGGAUAGUCCAGCCUACAUCCCAUCGGAAUUCAGUACAUUUUCAGAACGUAUGACUUUCUGGGAACGAUUUGAAAAUUGGAUUGUUACUCGUACCGUGAACAUCUUCUAUCACAUUGUUCAGUGGAACGAUAAUCGUUUACUUGCUGCGCGAUUUGGAGAGGGACUUCCAAGUGUUCGACAAAUAGCCAAGAACACCAGUCUGCUUUUGGUGAAUCAACAUUACACACUGAGCGGAGCAAGACCGCUAGUACCGGCUGUUGUGGAAGUUGGUGGUGUUCACAUUAGACCAAAGAAGCCGUUACCCGAGGAUAUUCAGACUAUUUUGGACAGCCAUCCUGAGGGGGUGAUAGUAAUUUCGUGGGGUUCCAUAUUAAGAGCUUCCACAUUGCCAAGCGCGAAACGAGAAGCGAUCGUGAAUGCUUUGCGACGUUUGUCUUUAACGGUUUUAUGGAAAUGGGAAGACGAUAAUAUAGGCGAUCUGCCGAAAAAUGUGAUCAUACGAAAGUGGCUUCCACAGAGGGAUGUGCUUUGUCAUCCAAACGUUCGACUGUUUUUAUCCCAUGGGGGACUUUUGGGAGUGUCUGAAGCGGUGCACUGCCAAGUGCCUAUUGUAACGACACCAAUUUAUGGCGACCAGUUCCUCAAUGCGGCCGCAUUGGUAAAUCGCAAGAUGGGUGUAACGAUGGAUUAUCACUUGAUUGAUACGGAGUAUGUAUUCCAGUGCAUACAGCAUGGCUUACAACCCGAGAUACGUCAGGCAGCGAUUGAUGUUUCACGUGCUUACCGUCACCGACCGCAAACACCAGUUGAGUUAGCCGUUUGGUCUAUUGAAAAUGUACUCAUAAAUGGUCAUCGUAAACUAGAGAAAUCCUAUGGAAGUGAGCUUUCGCUUCCCAUCUAUUAUAGUUGGGAUAUUAUAGCGGUGCUCGUUUUAAUUAUUAUUUCGGUGCUCAAGAUUGGGACUAUUGCAUUUAAAAAUUUUGGACAUCGUGUGAAGGAGAAGCAGCUGUAAUAAAAUACCUUAUAUAGUUAGUGAGUUAUAAAAAUGUUGAUUUAUAACAUUGUAACAUAUGAAAAUCAGUUUUGGGUUCAGUACCUUGAAAAACAUGGAAUUCAGCUGAAUUAUUUCAAGCAUCUAAAAACUGUUUUUUGCAGUCCUCAGAAAAAAAGAAAUCAAAAUGCACUUGCUAAAGGGGAUGUUUCUCGAGACGAAUUAUGCGAAGUACCUAGGGAACGGGAGGGUAUUUUCAGCCCAAUAAGCGAUUGAAUGUAUUUUACCGGCCUAGGCCUAGUUCUAGCGGAAGAACAGAUGAUUUUGAUGUUCUUUUAAUGAAAAACAGUAGAUUACUAACAUUUUUGAGAAAGUAGUUAUAACAUGUUGCAGUUGUAUAUCAGCAAAGUAUGAAUAAUAGCGAAAGAAAGGGAAAAUGGGCUCAAUAUAGAAACAGGCCGAAAACACCUUCCCUUACACUAGUUAUUGAACAAAAAUUCAAAA